AUGUCGAAGGAUCGUCGACGUGCAGGUUCCUUGACUAGAGAUGCGCUUCAAGCAGAUGACCGCGCGAUCAGCAACGAGCAUGGGCCUGCAGGCAACCGAGUCCCAGCCCGUCGGCCACCUCUUCGGACCCGACCCCAGUCAUGGCAUCCAUAUGGACCGGUAGAACCGCCGCUAGAGUCGCCGUCAUCGCGACCUAUCGGCGUCCAUGCAAUCUUAAAUCCACCAUCACAGACAGCCACAGAGAUGCCCUCCAGCAAACGUGAGCCAUUCAGUCUCCCAGGCCCAUCAUCCUCACCUCGACCACAAGGUUCUUCACCCACAGCCCGUCCAGGUCCACCAUUGGCACCGCAUCCAUUGUCCCCGAGGUCCCAUUCAAGAGCUCUCAUGAACCCAGGUUCGCCCUCGGCCAGGUUUGUUGGCGGGGGUGGCAGGACUUCUGGUCAAUCAAGCGUUGCACAGUCACCUCUAGUUCCCCAGGAACCUUUCAUGGGCCCACGACCACCCGCAGCCAGCUCGCCUCAUCCAACAGAGACAGGUCUACGCUCAAUCGCUUCCAUUACAGGCACGCAGCCUCCUGUAUCGGCUGCGCUUCAUUCUACGCCUAGUCUCCAUUCACGCCGGACCAGCGCAGGACCAGGACCUCUCACCAACCCGAAUUCCCAAGAAACGAGCCCAAUCACGCCUCAUUCUACGUUCAGCCAGUUUGGUCGUGCUUCUCCGGCUGUAACUAGCGUUUCCAUUCCACACAGUGCCCCGGCAUAUUCAGCGGCUUCUCCAUAUAUGACAAUGGAGCCUCAUAGCCGGGGUGUUCCUGCACCAGCCGGACCAAGAAUCAAAGCAGAAGAGACACCAUCCAGAGCGGGAACUCCACAAAGCGGUGCUUUUCCACCAGGCAUGAUACCAUGCGUAUUAGACAUGCGGUCAGGAUCAUCGAGCCAAGCAGAAAAACGCAAAGCAAACAGCGAUGCGUCGCGCCGAUUCCGCAAUCGCAAGCGCAACGAAAUGCAACUGGAGCAGCGGCUCACAGCACAGCAAGAGGAAAUCCAACGGAGCAUGGAAACAGUCCGACGACAAAGCGACGAGAUCCGCUCCCUCAUCCAACAACGAGACCACUACCACUCCGAACGAGAUUUCUAUCGUGACCAGCUGAGCCGAACAAUCCCCCAGGCCUCCUUGCCCCCAAGACCCCCUUCUCCACGCUCCAGUCAGCCAGCACUCGUCCCAAAUGCCGAUCCAGCAGGCCCAACCACGUGGUCAGGCGCGGAUUCUGGCCGAUCUGUGUCAGGCACACAGCCGGCCCAGGCGGGUCCUCCCCCGAGAAUGUUGGAACCCGUUCAGGUUCAAGGUCAGGCUUAUUCGUCUUCUUACCCUUCUACUCCUGUUCCGCCUACCGCUCGGGGUGUGCCUCCUGCCCCAUCUGCGUCUGUAUCUGGAGGCCUGUUGCCGCCGAUUCAGGGGACUUGGCCUCGUACUUGA